UUGACGCUCCACUGGAACAGGAGACCUGCCAGAUUACGCACGGGGAGUUCGCCAAGUACGCCUGUACCGCGAGGAGACGGGAGGGCAGAGAAUUUUGAGAACAAAGCUAACGAUUUUAUGUUUUUUGUUCUACGAAAGGGAAGAGUUUGUUACUUCAUCCCUGUAUACAGAGUGAAGUUUUGAGACAUUUUAAUAUAUUUUUAUCUGUACCAUGUGGUCCUUUUGAGAUUAGUAUAAAGAGUGAGAGCAGACACGUUCCCAGACUUUCUCUCCAAGGACUGCUCGGAAACCCCUGACCCUUCAUGAGAUGCCCACGAGUCGCCUGGCAUUUGACCCGAUAAUCAUGGACGCCCGGGAGCAGGCCAAUCCGAACCUUCACUUCGGGGUCAACGGGGGUCACGAUGGCACUAAAAGAAACUCCCGGAGUAGACCAUGUGAGGAUAAGGCGCUGCAGUUCCUAAGCCAGGAGGAGCAGGAUUGUAUCCUGUUCUUUGAGGAGACCAUCGACUCCCUGCUGACUACCCCAGCAGUAGCUGAGCUUGAUGGACCAAGACCCCCCAUCCUGGCAUCCACCCCCAGCCCCAGCCCCAGCCCUGUACCACCCCUUUCAGCCUUGGACAGACCCACCAGCCCCAAGGACCAGGACAUCAUAGACCUGGUUCACCCAGCACAGCCUGAUCUGGUCCAGCCCAUACAGGCACCGUUCAACCCCCCCAUGCCAGAUUUCACCCAGAAUAUGGUGAUGAACAACCCUGAGAGGCAUUUUGAGAACAAGCCGAGGCGCGAGGCGAUGGAAAACUUUCCUACAGAGUACAACCUGCCCCUCCCUGGCAAGGACAGUGCCCCCUAUGGCCACGCCCUGUACCAGCCUGUAGGCUCCGUCCCCACCCCCGUCCUCAUCGCCCAGAAGAUCGCAGAGCACCAGGGGAGCGGGGGGAACACUAACAUCCUCUCUUCCUCCCUCCUGUCCAACCGCCAUAGAAGCCUCGAUUUAGAGAACAUAAAGAGACCACCUACCUCCCCGGAUUAUCCAAUCAAACAGGGCCCGAACACCUCAGCCAAGCCCACCCAUUACCCCGGCAACAUCAGCAUGAUAAUGGGCAGCAACCAUCACCACAGCCAUUCGCUGGCCAGUGUGAACCUCCAGGACAGGAAGUCUCAGAUGCUGGCUAACCUAUCAGGGACGUCCCACCCUGUGGAGGCGGAGGAGCUCCAUGAGCUGCAGAAGGUCCGGGUAAACCUUCCCACCCGCAGUGAGUCCUUCAGGGAUCCCACUCCAAAUAAAUCCCGGAUGGAGGCACUGUCCAAACUGGGCUUGACCCGAAACCGCUCCCCGUCAGGGGAUCUCUCUCUCCUAAUCACCCCCAACAGCAGCACAAACACCAAACCCGCUGCUGCCCCGAUUCCGGUUGCCACCCCUACACCCGUUCCUACGCCUACCCCUACACUGACACCCGUGAGUAAACCAGAUGUGGCCAGACAGGCAAAUCCCUUGCCACCAGCAACAGUCAACACCAGCUUUCACGCCAGUAUCCAUGACAACAAGCCUGCUUCUCCCCCGCCCGAAGUCUCAUCCAAGGACUUUAACAGCUAUGGCGGGAAGACCAUCGUGGUGAACCCCUCUAAGGCUGCUGCUGCUGCUCCCUCCACCGGUGGCCAUGGCAAUAAGGCCCACCCAGUGACCUCUCACAGUGACUUCAACCCUUACGGAGGUAAGACUAAGGUAAUGACACCUGCUCCUGUUACCACAACCAGGGCUGACCCACCACAACCAGACAUCCAGAGCAGGGCCAUGCCUCCCCCAGCCUCCACCUCCACCCCAGCCAGAGUGAUGCCUCCCACAGUCUCCACCUCCACCCCAGCCAGAGUGAUGCCUCCCACAGCCUCCACCUCCACCCCAGCCAGAGUGAUGCCUCCCCCAGCCUCCACCUCCACCCCAGCCAGAGUGAUGCCUCCCCCAGCCUCCACCUCCACCCCAGCCAGAGUGAUGCCUCCCACAGCCUCCACCUCCACCCCAGCCAGAGUGAUGCCUCCCCCAGCCUCAACCUCCAACCUAGCCAGAGUGAUGCCUCCCCCAGUCUCCACCUCCUACCCAGCCAGAGUGAUGCCUCCCCCAGUCUCCACCUCCUCCCCAGCCAGAGUGAUGCCUCCCCCAGUCUCCACCUCCUCCCCAGCCAGAGUGAUGCCUCCCCCAGCCUCAACCUCCAACCCAGCCAGAGUGAUGCCUCCCCCAGCCUUCAACUCCACCCCGGCCAAAAGGAUGCCUCCACCAGCCUCCACCUCCAUCCCAACCAAAGUAGAAACCAUGCCCUACGAGGUCAACAGCUACAGGGAGAAGACCAGAAUGGUCACGCCAUCCCACACCACCCCCUCCCCCAUUACCACACCUGACAUCCUCGCAUACACCUUAGUGAGGUCCCCCAGCAAAGCUUCAGCCCCAGUGCUUUCUCCAGCCCCCAGACCUUUCCGCUACAGCACUCCCCCUAGCUCCAACGGGGUGGUGGCGUCUCCCCCUUCUACGCAGUCCCGGCGGAAGUCCAUCUCCAAGCCGUCAUUCCGCCCCCAGGGGAUCACUGUGCAGUUCUCCGGACGUGGAGUGACGGAUGAGUCGCGCAGAGAAGCGCUCCGGAAACUGGGAUUGCUGAAAGACACUUUCUAACUCUCGGAUCGCACCGCUGUCUUCCCUCUUUCUCUGUCUCCUCCUCUGCAUGACCUCCAUUCAGCUUCCAGGUGGACAGACAUAGCUAAUGCCUCUGGAGUUUUUCUGAAAGGGUGUGAGGCGUGGCAGGAGAGGAUACCUACAUUACUGUGGAAUGAAACAGGAUCCGGGCUGAAACCUGCACACCCGGUUCUGAGCGCUGAAUGCUGACAAACGAGUCCGACACGUCACAUGGCCUGGUUGACAAAUGAAAACACAUACAUUUUUCAAAUACACACACACACUCAUCAAACACACAUACACGCACUCAAUAAACACACAUGUGCACAUGCACUCAUACCCACAAAUACAUACAACCAACAAUUCCCACGAAGCUGUUAUAUGCAUCAAAGCUCUGUCUUUUUAUUGUGCUCUAUUUAACUGUAUCCUAUUCAGUGUUUUACAUUGCCUCUGAUCCAAUACAUAUUGUACUUUACAGUAUACAUGUACCUCUAUUGUUCUCUGGGCCAAAACAGACAAAAAACAGACCUGUGCAAAGGGGAAUGCAGACAGCUGAAUGUCUUUGGCAUUGGCACAUUUGGCAGAGACGUACUUUUUACUACCUUUGCCUCCUUCUGAUGUCACAUACUCAGCUACCAGUGAGAAUCAUUCCUUUCAUGCUCUCACUCUCCAAAGAUGGAUUUAUAUACCCAAUAUAUUUACAUUUACUUUGUAUGAUUGAUUACUGAUCAGUUUGAGGCUGGUACUGCUGGUACUGAUUUAAGUGAACUUGAAUCAUUAUAAACUGACUGUGAAGUCACCUGAGAACUGAAGAGCCUCAUAACAUGUUAUUUUGUUUACCGAUUUGAGCAUUGUUGUUAUCCAGGAGGUUAUUAUGAGUGUGAUGUAUCUAACCGUGCAGCUGUUAUGAGCAUGAACAAUGACAUAGUUUGAAGCACUUUCCUGGCAGAAUAAGGUUAAAUUAACUUCACUCACUAAUCUAUUAGAAUGUACCUAUAUUCCCUGUGAGGAUGGUAACCAUCCUACUCAUGCAUAUUGAUGAUAUUCUACUUUAUAGGUAUUUAUGCACCCAUUGAUUUCCACUGCUGCCUUAUGGUAUGUUAAAGACAGGUCACUCAGAAGGGGCAAGAGCAAAGCUUAGAAACGCAACAAUUGAUUGACAUACCAAGCAAACUAAGCAGCAAUUAAAAUAGUUUACAUUCAUGUACCUCAUAUGCUCAGCUCUAAGGAUAUACAAUUAUUGGAAGUUCUGAAGUGACCCCAUGUGUUUAUCUCCUUAUAUGACAUUUUUGUGAAUGUAAGUUACAGAAAAUAGUUUCUAUGAAAGGAGUGAUAUGUAACUACAGCGCUGGCUAAAGGGUAUUUUUACUCCAUGGACAUGCCUCCCACACAAAACCACUAAAUGUGGUUUGCAAUGUAGACUUUUAUUACUUUGAGGGGGGAAAAAACUUCACUUAGUGAGGACGGGCAAGGGCUUGCAAUGUCCAAAACACAAACACUGAAGCCACAGAAUCCAGAAAUACUCACAAGGACAAUCCUUUCUUGUUUUGCCCUUCUUUUAAUCAUGUAUGCUGAACUUGCAUUUGCAAUAUGUAAUUUAACUGUCAUCAUAACUGUUGUUGUUUUUUUCGCUGGACUGCAGAUAUAUUGGUACAUAACCCUGUGUGUGUGUUUGUGUGUGUGUGUGCGUGUGCGUGUGCGUGUGUGUGUGUGUGAAACAUGUUUGUCCAUUUAAAAGUUUUAUUUAAUGAAAUAAGUCAGACUCCGGUUUUGUAGUUAAUCUACAGUAACUCAUGAAGGAUCCUGUGUUACACCAUGCACACAUUAUUGUGGUUGUGUGAGUGAAACAUAUUUAACUAUUAAUAUCUUGACUCCGGUUUUGUAGUAAAUCUACAGUAACUCUUGAAGUAUCUAAUACACACAAACACACUGGGGAAAUAUACCUGUAGUUUGCAGACCCAGAAAGAGAAACCAAAAAGCCUCAUGGACAAAAUCUUUAUUUGACAUUCAAUUAACAUUUACAAAUUGUCAACUAAAGUUACUGCUAUGGUACAGCAGCGCCUUUAUCUUUUUUGCUCAGUCAUAUUGUACACAAAGUUUAAUGCACAUCUGUGUCACUUAAUAAAGAGUAAUAUACAUUACUUAUCCUAUCCAGAGAGUUUGUUAUUCUUCCCAGGGCAUUUACUAUGGAAUGUUACAGAUUAGUAGAAUCUCAGUAUAUGGUUUAUAAUGAUUGACCUUCCCUGGGAAAUAAUUCACCAUGGUUUUAAUGGAACAGUAAACAGACACGCUUUCCAGGGCAUCAACUCACCUCAGCCUACACUCUAACCCCUAAUUCUAUAAAUUUUUUGACUGUCCAUCCAUGAAGGUCAUGAUUCCAAAGAUCCUUGUCUCCUUUCUGCCACUAAGAUGAAAUAACUGGACAGUCAAAUUCCCAUAAGCCUUCCUCAAUAUUGUUUUUGUCUUUCCCUUUUUCAGAUCUGACGACAGAGGAAGAUGUAAGACUAUUGAGAUACUUUCUCUUACGUACAGAAUAUUUCCUAGAGAGCUGUAGCCCACUGUGUACUCUCUCUGCUAGGUGGACGGCCGCUCCCAGUUUCACAUGGGUAUGCUGUCUACACUGCAGAGUCAGACCACUUUACCUUUCUUUCCCUCUGUGGGGCAUGUGUCUAAGUCUGUAUCUGAGUGUGUGUGACCAAGAUCUGGAGCAUUGGCUUCUUCGGGAGUGUAAUUAAAGCUGUGGUUUGGUAAGGAGUGUGUGAGUGUGUAUUGAGGGGAGGUACGCAGGCAGGAAGUAA